CGUCAACAAGAGAGAAAAAAAAAGUAAAAACGCUGUACACUCGCGUAUAGUUUUUAAAAUUGGACUUUUUGUGUGCAAAUCUUGUUUACAUAUGAUCGGUGACGUCAUCCUGUGCUCACUUCAUCGUGGUGGGGAAAAAGUUGUCCGAUAGAAAUCGGCUUUUCGAAGCCCUUUACGAGGAGGAGGAGGAGGAGGCGGAGUUGGUGGGUGUUGUCUGGCUUUUGGGGGCUUCUACUCCAUCUCCUCUGCAUCAACUACGCACGUCGCCGCUCAACAUGAACAAGAAACUGUGCGGGACAAACUACCCGGCUAGCAUCUGCUUCAUCGUCGUCAACGAGUUCUGCGAACGUUUCUCCUACUAUGGCAUGAAAGCGGUGUUGACGUUGUACUUCCUGACGUACUUGGGCUGGGACCACGACCUUUCCACGGCCGUGUACCACGCCUUCAGCAGCCUGUGCUACUUCACGCCCGUCCUCGGGGCCAUCAUCGCCGACACCUGGCUCGGGAAGUUCAAGACCAUUAUCUACCUGUCGGUCGUGUACGUGUUGGGUCACGUGAUCAAGUCGGUUGGCGCUGUUCCCACGGUGGGAAGCAACAGCGCGCACAUCGCUCUGUCCAUGACAGGUCUGAUUUUGAUCGCCUUUGGAACGGGCGGAAUCAAGCCGUGCGUGGCCGCCUUCGGGGGCGACCAGUUCGAGAACCAGCAUGCCAACGAAAGGAUGAAAUUCUUCUCGAUUUUCUACAUGGCGAUCAACGCUGGCGGCCUCCUGUCCACCAUCAUCACGCCCAUCCUCAGAGGAGACGUGCAGUGCUUUGGCGGCGACUGCUACGCUUUGGCCUUCGGCGUGCCCGCCGCGCUUAUGAUGGUGGCGUUGGUUGUGUUCAUGUUGGGCAGCAGCCUCUACAGGUGCAACCCCCCACAGGGCAACAUCUUGAUGGAGGUCUGCAACUGCGUCGGGUUUGCCAUCAAGAACCGCUGGAGGAGAUCCAAGUACGAGUCGAGCAGGAGGCACUGGCUGGACUGGGCCGACGAUAAGUACUCGAAGCGUCUGAUUGUGGAGAUCAAAAUGGUUCUGCGGGUUCUGGUGCUCUACAUCCCUCUUCCGAUGUUCUGGGCUCUGUUCGAUCAGCAGGGUUCCCGCUGGACGCUGCAGGCCACCCGGAUGAACAUGGCCUUUGGAGACGCCUUCUCCAUCAAACCCGAUCAAAUGCAGACGUUGAACGCGCUGCUGAUUCUGGUGUUCGUUCCCGUGUUCGACCUCCUCAUAUACCCGCUGGUCGCCCUCUGCGGGAUCAACAUCACGCCGCUGAGGAAAAUGGCCGCCGGGAUGAUUUUCGCCGCGUUGGCAUUUGGUGCCGCCGCCCUGGUGGAGGUCCACGUGGUGAAAACGGAGGUGGCGCCAGCGCCGGCGGGCAAGUGUCUGCUGCAGGUCUUCAACCUGGCACCAGGCGACGUCCGUCUCCAUUUCCCUCAAGGCGACCCUUUUCCAGAGCCGCUCUCAUACCUCCAGGAUCCUCCUGAGUACCAGACGCUGCCACUGGGGGCGCCCCGCAUCAACAUGACCUUAGCGGUCCACCACGAGGGGGCCGUCACUAACUGCAACGUCACCUUUGGCCAGCAGAAGGCGUACAGUCUCAUCCUGCACCCUGCUGAUGCUGGAAUACGCUGCAGACUGGUGGAAGACCACAUCAAGAAAAACAACGAAGGAGCGCCUCUUCUCAGGUUCGUCAACACGCUGUCGGAGGCGGCCAACGUCACCGUGGGAGACGAGACGUUCCACGCCGGCGCCCGCUACGGCGUCUCCGCCAACAAGACCGUCCAGAGGGGCGAGUAUAAUAAAGCGAGCUGCAGAUUUGAGUCAAAGACUUGCCCAGACCUGGACCUCGGUCUCCUGGACUUCGGUGCCUCCUACACCGUGGUCCUGCUGCAGGAGUCUGGUAGCAUGACGACGCACAAGAUGGAGGACGUGCACGCCAACAACGUGCACGUGGCCUGGCAGAUCCCGCAGUACGUCCUCAUCACGGCGGGCGAGGUCAUGUUCUCCAUUACGGGCCUGGAGUUCUCCUACUCGCAGGCCCCCGUCAACAUGAAGUCGGUCCUGCAGGCCGGGUGGCUGCUCACCGUCGCCUUCGGGAACGUCAUCGUCUUGAUCGUGGCGGAGGGCGCGGGCCUCGAGCAGUGGAAGGAGUUCCUGCUGUUCUCGGGUCUGCUGCUGGCCGUGUUCAUGGCGUUCUCGCUCAUGGCUCACUUGUACACGUACGUGGACCCGAAGCAACUGGACAAGAGCUACGCCGGCGACCACGACGACCAACGCGGUGCCCAUGACGACGACGACGACGACGACAGCAAAGACACGCUCAACAAGAACAAACAAGAAGCGGAGCUCAACACCAGACUUUAACCGCAACCGCCUUCACGAUUUGAAUGAAUUAUGAGCAAAGAAAUGGGAACAUUUUUUGUGGCGCUUUUCCCCAGAUGCUAAUUGUUAGCAUGAAAGGCUAAUUGUAGAUUUUACACACAUUUUCAACUUUUUUGUUUUUCAAUUACUUCUGUGUAGAAGUCUGAAAAACACCCCCCCGAAAUUACAACUACAGUGCCGUGAAAAAGUAUCUCAAAUUCGUAUAUUUUCGCAUAGUUUCCGCACUUAAAUGUUUAAGAUUAUCACACUAAUGUAAUACUUUUUCAUGGCACUGUAUUCUAAUGGGCGGCACGGUGCCCGACUGUGAUGUGUAAAGUAAACUCGAGUGCAUCUGAGGCUCACUGAUGAUUUAA